AUUUCCCACUCCUUGGGACCGAGUCGAUUCCUUCUCAACCCGGGGAAGAAUGAUUUCUUGCGGUGAACAACCUCUUGCAUUCGGGAAGAUCCAGACGUAUCACCGUCAUGACUGAUCCAUGAUGUCUCCGCCAUUGAACCGUCGCUCCUGGCGCCAAUCAAGGGCGUCGGUACUAAUCUUCGCGGCGGCCUUUUUCUCCGCAGGCUUCAUAGUGUUUUUCUACUCCAGGCCUAGCCAACUCGCUCCAAUUCCGGAUCUUGAUCCCAGUCUCUCGCUAGCACCUUCCCUCGAUGACACCAAUCCUUGUUAUGUGGAUCUCGAUCGUCUCCGACAGUACUCCGUCUCCAGCACCACGGUAGAAUAUGCCCGGUUAGAGAUAGCCGUCGCUCCAACGGAGAAUUUCACUGGUUAUACAGACACCCUUGGCGCUCGGUUUCCAAAGUUUAGUACUGUGCGUUUGGACACAGAAGAGCAUCGACAAGGUCUGUCGCCGGACAGAUGUACUGCCUCCGUGACGAUUGAGGGACCCACGCCCAGUGCCCGACCAGAUGCAUCACAUAUCAUAUUUGGCAUUGCAACAUCCGUUGAUCGCUUACUCGACUCUCUGGAUGCUUUUGCGCAUUGGGCCGCAGGUAGCAAUGCUCGAAUUUUGGCCGUGGUAGAUCGUGGAGGUCCAGAGAAGGAGGCUCAGAAGCGGGCGGAGGCGUUGGGGAUCCGUCUUACUAUUCUUCAGGAAGAGGACGAACGUUUGGAUCGAUAUUUCUAUCUGACCCGAUAUUUGUACCAAAACAAAGACAAGUCCACUCAGUGGGUGGUUAUGAUGGACGACGAUACGUUCUUCCCAUCGAUGACGAGGCUAGUAGAUCGGCUAGCCACCUAUGAUGCCACAAAGCCCCAGUAUAUCGGGGCUGUAACAGAGGACUUGCAACAGCUGUACAGUAGCGGCUAUAUGGCGUACGGUGGUGCUGGGAUCUUCCUCUCUAUCCCGCUUCUCACGGAGCUCCAGCCUUGGUUUGAUGAAUGCUACGCGUUCAAAGCGGGCGGUGACCGCAUGCUUUCGCAGUGUAUCUACGCGCACACGAACACCAAGCUCUCCUGGGAGCGAGAUCUCUUCCAGGUAGAUUUGCGUGGCGAUGCGUCUGGAUUUUACGAGGCUGGACGGCCUCAACCGCUCUCUGUGCAUCACUGGAAAUCUUGGUUCCAGGCCGACAUGGUAGCUCUCAGCAAGGUAGCCAGCAUUUGUGGGGAUGAAUGCUUGCUCCAUCGGUGGCUAUUGCCCGAUGAAUGGUACCUCGUCAACGGAUUUUCGGUGAUCAAAUACUCGACAAUAUCAGAUGACCCCCUCGCUAUGGAGCAGACCUGGAACGCAAGCAAGUAUACCGGUCCGGACCCUUUCACCUUCAGUUUGGGGCCGCUACGACGCAAAGACGAGAAAAAGAUAUCGUUCAGGUUGAAGGAUGCAGUUCAAGAAAAAGAAAGAGUGAGGCAGAUGUAUGUGAAUGAUGUGGUACCUGAGAAGGUUGAGGUGUUGGAGGUGGUUUGGAACUUUGCAGCAUGAAUGGCUACUAUUGGCAACCGAUGCUCCGUAGAGAUGGGUGAUGUAUAUUAUGUACUCAUUUUUCUUUUUCAACUGUCCUAUCUAUCUCAUGCAUUGUCCAGCUUCCCUGUGAAUUCCUUUGCGGUGUAAAUAAUGGCGAUCAGCAGGAAUCGUAAGAUUGUAUACGCUCAAUAUACGCAAGUGUUUGGUAG